CCGCGGCGCCCACCAUGCACGGUUGCACGCGGCUGGCGCUGCUCUGCGCGCUGCCCUGGCUUCUGCCGGCGGUGGCACCCGGGCGCCCGGCACCACCCGCAGCGCUGCGCCGCGACCCCCGCAACCCCGCCAGGGGCGCAGAGUUCGAUCACAUCUACAGCGGGGUGGUGAGCCUCCCCACCGAGAACAUCUACUCCUUCAACUACACCAGCCAGCCCGGCCAGGUGACUGCCGUGCGGGUGUAUGUGAAUAGCUCCUCCGAAAACCUUGACUACCCGGUCCUGGUUGUGGUUCGCCAGCAGAAAGAGGUGCUGUCCUGGCAGGUUCCUCUGCUCUUCCAAGGACUAUACCAGAGAAGCUACAACUACCAGGAAGUGAGCCGUACCCUUUGCCCCUCAGAAGCAACCAAUGAAACAGGACCUCUGGAGCAACUGAUAUUUGUAGAUGUCGCAUCCAUGGCACCCCUGGGUGCCCAGUACAAACUGCUGGUUACCAAGCUCAAGCACUUCCAGCUGCAGACAAAUGUUACCUUUCACUUCACUGCCAGCCCCUCUCAACCUCAGUAUUUCCUGUACAAAUUUCCUGAAGACGUAGACUCAGUUAUCAUUAAAGUCGUGUCUACAUUGGCUUAUCCAUGCUCUGUUGUCUCAGUCCAGAAUAUCAUGUGCCCAGUAUAUGAUCUCGACCACAAUGUGGAAUUUAAUGGUGUCUACCAGUCCAUGACUAAGAAAGCUGCCAUCACACUACAGAAGAAAGAUUUUCCAGGUGAGCAGUUCUUUGUGGUGUUUGUGAUAAAGCCUGAAGAUUAUGCCUGUGGAGGAUCUUUCUUCAUCCAGGAAAAGGAAAACCAGACUUGGAAUCUACAACGGGCAAAGAACCUUCAAGUGACCAUUGUUCCUUCCAUUAAAGGAUCCGUUUAUGUGAAAUCCAUUCUUCUCAGUUUCCUCAUCUUCUUCUCCUUCUACUUGGGAUGCCUGUUUGUUGCAUUCAUUCAUUAUAUCAGGUUUCAGAGAAAAUCCACUGAUGGAAGCUUUGGUUCCAAUGAUGGCUCUGGAAAUAUGUCGGUGUCAAAUCCCAUUGCUGCCAGUACCCCUGAAGGGAGCAAUUACGGGGCAAUAGAUGAGUCAAGCUCCAGUCCUGGCAGGCAAAUGUCCUCCUCUGAUGGUAGACAGCCAUGCCAGUCAGACACUGACAGCUCUGUGGAGGAAAGUGACUUUGACACCAUGCCAGACAUUGAGAGCGAUAAGAACAUCAUCCGCACCAAGGUGUUCCUUUACCUGUCAGAUCUGUCCAGGAAGGACCGAAGAAUUGUCAGCAAAAAGUAUAAGAUUUAUUUUUGGAACAUCAUUACCAUUGCUGUGUUUUAUGCACUGCCUGUGAUCCAACUGGUUAUCACCUACCAAACAGUUGUCAACGUCACUGGCAACCAGGAUAUCUGCUACUAUAACUUCCUCUGUGCUCACCCCUUGGGUGUCUUGAGUGCCUUCAACAACAUUCUCAGUAACCUGGGCCAUGUGCUCCUGGGUUGCCUCUUCCUGCUGAUAGUCUUGCACCGGGACAUUCUCCAUCGAAGAGCUCUGGAAGCCAAGGAUAUCUUUGCCAUGGAGUACGGGAUUCCCAAACACUUCGGUCUCUUCUAUGCCAUGGGCAUUGCACUGAUGAUGGAAGGGGUGCUCAGUGCUUGUUACCACGUCUGCCCCAAUUACUCCAACUUCCAGUUCGACACCUCCUUCAUGUACAUGAUUGCCGGCCUCUGCAUGCUGAAGCUCUACCAGACCCGCCACCCGGACAUCAACGCCAGCGCCUACGCCGCCUACGCCUCCUUUGCCCUGGUCAUCACACUCACCGUCCUCGGAGUGGUGUUUGGGAAAAAUGACGUGUGGUUCUGGGUCAUCUUCUCUGCAAUCCAUAUUCUGGCUUCUCUGGCCCUCAGCACCCAGAUCUACUACAUGGGUCGUUUCAAGAUAGAUGUGUCUGACACAGAUUGGGGAAUUUUCCGGUGGGCCGCUAUGGUGUUCUACACAGACUGCAUCCAGCAGUGCAGCCGGCCUCUGUAUAUGGACAGAAUGGUGUUACUCAUCGUGGGGAACCUGGUUAACUGGUCCUUUGCCCUCUUUGGACUCAUCAACCGACCCCGGGACUUCGCUUCCUACAUGCUGGGCAUCUUCAUCUGCAACCUGCUGCUCUACCUGGCCUUUUACAUCAUCAUGAAGCUUCGCAGCUCCGAGAAGAUCCUCCUGAUCCCACUUUUCUGCAUUGUCGCCACCGCUGUAGUGUGGGCUGCCGCCCUGUAUUUUUUCUUCCAGAAUCUCAGCAGCUGGGAGGGAACGCCAGCCGAGUCCCGGGAGAAGAACCGAGAAUGCACUCUGCUGGAUUUCUUUGACGACCAUGACAUCUGGCACUUCCUCUCUGCUACUGCCCUGUUUUUCUCAUUCUUGGUUUUGUUAACCUUAGAUGACGACCUGGAUCUGGUUCGGAGAGACCAGAUUCCUGUCUUCUAAGCCUCCAGCAUGGAGAGCCAGGGAGAGAAAGCCACUGAUCUUGGUGCUGUUUCAUGAAAAACAUAGGGACUGCAGCAAAGUCACCACUGCCAAACGCUCCACUUGCCUGCUGUUGGGUGAGCCCUGUACACAUUCCCACAGGGAAGAGAGGAGCUAAGGGGGACCCAAACCUGCAAGAAAGGGAAGCAGAAGAGAAGUUGCAGCUGUGGACAGAGAUGAGCCCUCCAGGGUCAGAAACACCCAGCAUCCCCUUUUGUUGCAACUCUGAACUAGAUGUGGUCAAGCUGCAUCGAAGUCAACCACCUUGGGACUCCUCCUACCCUCACCUGAGAUUCGCCAGCCAUGGCAGAACCAUGCUACACUCUGCCCUCCACCUGCCUCCCUGUCCAGAGAGGCCAGCAGCCCAGAUUUCCUGCCCAGAAACUCCAGGCUGGCCCCCUAUUCACCUCUGUAACAUCCGCUGCUCUAGAUAUCCCCAAACACCAGCCUCCUUCUCCAAGGUCCUCGGAUGAUGUGAUUCCCUGAAGUCUGGUAGAGGGGUGGCUCCAAGGCCCUGCCCAACUGGGAUAGAUGUUCUAUAGCACCAGCUGGUCACCUCCACUGCAGGGAUGCUGUACUCCUCCCUCAGGUUCCCGGCAGCACUAGGAAGACUCCAGGUUGGGCUCCAGGUUGUCACACACUCUUAGCGGGUAACUGUCUCUGGGACCAAGACGUGGGUGCUGCCCUGUUCCCUGAGUCUUCAUCCCACCAUUGUGUGUUGACCCCACGACUCAGGCUCUAUCUUCUUGGGAAGGCCCUGUUUCUCCACAGAUCAGCUCCAAGGUGGAAGGGGAAAUGGGAAACUUCCACCAUCAGGAGGAGCAAGAGGAAUGCCCGACAGCACUAUGAGACUGGUGACAUCAGCAUCAGGUCAACGGGCCUUGCACAAAAGACUUGGGCUCCUGGAACAGAUUUAGCAAAGGCAAAAGUACCUCCAAUUCAAAUAGCUCCAUCCUCUGCCCACAUCUCCCUUGGGUAAGACAUAAGUGUUCUCAUCAGGGUCACUGCUCUCAGGCUCCUGUGCCACGGACCAUGACCCCCCUCUGCUGCUUCAUGCAGAUCAGGGCUCCAGACUUUCCCCCCCAGGGUUCUCUGGAGGCCACUCUCAGGGUGAGCGCAUCUCCCUCCUCCUCUCCAGUGGCAGAGAGCUCAGCCAGUUUGGGGUUGUCUCAGAUUCACAUUCUCUCCCCAGGACAGUGUUGAAAAGCUCAGCACCCCCCACCCUCACUCUCACGCUGGUGGCUGCUCUGCCCCCAGGAAGUCCCAUUUUGACCAAACUCCCUUGUUACCUGGGCUAGGAUGCCAUCAUUCUUGUACAUGCAAACACAUGCACACAGGUAUGUCUGCCUGUGAAACUGAAGUUACUUUCUCACCUCUGCUUUCCUGAUCUUUCAUUAGAGAAAUGGAACAGCCACCCUUUUUAAAAUAUAUUAUUCUUUCUCUAAAAUAAUGUUCAAAACACAUUUUGAAAGUUUAAAUAGCAAACUUUCCCUAAUUUUAAGAACAUGGAGAUGCUUUCAAUGAAGCAUUGUGACCUUUUUUUCUAAAAUGCUCCCAAAUUUGUAAUUGGUCUUCUGUUAUUCUUUAUUUCUUAAAAAUUGUUGGCUUCCAUAUGCCAUGUGACUUCCCAGAUGGCGCUAGUGGUAAAGAACCACCUGCCAAUGCAGGAGACGUAAGAGACAUGGGUUCGAUCCCUGGGUCUGGAAGAUCCCUUAGAAAAGGGCAUGGCAACCCACUCCAGUUUUCUUGCCUGGAAAAUCCCAUGCACAGAGGAACCUGGCAUGCUGUAGUCCAUGGGGUUGCAAAGAGUUGGAUAUGACUGAGCAACUGAACUGAACUGAACACAUAGGCCAUAUGAAGGCCACCUAGUAAAUGGUUCUAUUAAUCUAACAUCUAAAACAAAUUUCAAACCUGUUUAACUUUGCUGAGUUGACCUAAUUAUUUUUAAUGCACUAAAGGAUUUUGUAUCCAAAAAAGAUGGGGGCAGGAUGUAAACAACAAAGUUUGUUCAAGCACCCCUGUGGCCUGAAGUGAAUAAAUUGUAGGACAAUUAACCUGUUUGGUAGCUUGUCUGGGAAAUAUGUCCAUGGAAAUGGAGAGGGGGCCCUGUAGAAAUGGGUGGAUGAUUAUUCAGCAUUGUUUUCUGACAGUGUCUGCCUAGUGCUUAAACUCACAUAUUGUGAUUCAGUUUUGUUCUCUACAGGAGGACUGAAAACCCAGACCAAGCCUGCUCCUAUAAAUAUCAAUUCUAAAUGUAUUUGUUGUUAGUUCUUUCUAUAGUGCUGAUUUGUGCAGUGGUAGGAAGAUACAAGAAAGGCAUUUGACUGUGUCUGUUGGGUUGAUAGGAACUCAGGGUGGAGGGGAUGGCCAGAGUUAUUCAUAGUGGUCCCUCAUCCACGCUUAGCACAGGCCUGUGCAAAUUCUGUGCUCAUGGACUUCUCUCUUUACAUGAGGGGAAGGCAACUCUGAGUUCAACAGGAGGGUAACAGGAGACAGCCAGCCUGUGAGGAGGAUCUUGGCAGAGGCACAGAGUAACGAGAGCAGUUCACUUGGAAGGCAGAGAUGUGGCAGCCAGAGGAGCAAAACAGCACAUAAGAAAUGGCCUCGUCACACCUCUGAUGAAGCCCCAGCUGUUAGCACUGGGUGGUAGAGGGGUCAGCCUAGUUUUAUUUUAGCAGCAGCAGUAGCCAGUGGAAAACCAGAGUCUAUCUGGGGAAGGGACUUUCCAUGGCUGAGAGAGUCAGUACCUGGGGCAAUGACAGUGGCAGCUGCUGCUUCUGUGGCUCCAGGCAGCCCCCAGAAUGGUCUCUGGGGUCACAAAUUAUAUGUCAGGGGAACAAUAAUACCCAAAUGUUUCUCCUCCUAGGAGACAGUCUGUUUAAAACUUGGGGAAAGGGGGAAAACAAAGAUAAACAUUCUUCACAGAAGGACAAGUUGGGUCUUGGAAAAAUUCUUGAGUCAGACUUUAGUCCAGAUAUUUCACCUGCAUGCUGUGUUACCUUGUGCAAACUGCUGGAACUCUCUGGUCUUCACCUGCCACAUCUACCUGACACUCCAUGGAGCUGUGCAGAGCAGGAGAAGCAGUGCCUGCAAAGAAAAGAUCCUCACCUGCACCUCUUGAAUCCUGCAGGGUGGCAGGUUCCCCUGCUUGGCUGGCAUCUCUCACCCAUGGGGGCCCUUCAUUGAAACCAGCUGUGCUGUUUUCUGUCCUCAGUCCCAGGAAGCCCUGAAGGAGCCGGGAGGACUCUCCACCUCCAGAGGAACUGUCCAGAGUUAACAAACAUCUCCCUCCCCUCCUUGUCCUUUUAAAGCUGCGUAUCACUGUCUCUGGCCCUUAAGACUGCAACACAGAUGAAAAAUCUCUACCAAAGCUAGGGCCAAGUGGAAAGACUGGUUGUGCACAAAGUCACACCUCAUCACUGCCAGCUCUGCCCUGGGAAUCUCAGAGAAAACCUAGACUUUGUCCUCUCCCCAGCAGUUACUGCUACCACGGUCCAGGGGAUGCCCUAUGCAAACGUUUCCCUGACCCUCCCCACCCUUAUCUGUAGGGAAAGCCGGGAUGUUCAGUCUGCAGGUGAAAAAACCGGUCCCAGAGGAGGCCUGGGACCGACUCCUGGUGAAACUAAUGAAAAUCAUUACGAGUAAAGAUAGAAACAGCAUCUGCUCGAAGUAAGGUAAAGCCCUUGUUUACCAUAA